AUGUAUCCAGGACAAGGCCAAUACACCUACAAUAACGCAAAUAACAACAGUUAUCCCCGUCCAAACGGUGCUCCUCCACCACAAGGGACACAGUACAAUGGAUCCACCACCAACGGUUACUCACGACCAGCUGCUCCCAUACCACCCACCCAAGGACAAGGGUACAUGCCACCGCAGGGUCCCCCACCAGCUUACCGUCAAGAGCAGUCUAAUAAUUUUUCUAGGCCAGCAGCAACGGCACCGUUACAACAACAACAAUAUCAAGGCUACAACAAUGCACCAACAAAUUAUGUUCAACCUCAAAACAUUUCUCUGCCACCUCAACAAAGUCAAACAUUCCAAUUAGAAAACCAUGCUACUCAGCAUUCAUUCAGUUAUUCUCAAUGUACAGGUAAACGUAAGGCUUUACUAAUCGGUAUUAACUAUAUCGGUUCUCAGAAUGCAUUAAGAGGUUGUAUCAAUGAUGCUCAUAACAUUUUUAAUUUUCUUUCCACUAGAUAUGGAUAUUCUACUGAUGAUAUUGUUAUCCUGACUGAUGACCAAACGGAUAUGGUCAGGGUUCCCACAAGAGCUAAUAUCAUUAGGGCUAUGCAAUGGUUGGUGAGGGAUGCACAACCCAAUGAUUCAUUGUUCUUCCAUUAUUCUGGUCAUGGUGGCCAAGUUAAGGAUCUAGAUGGUGAUGAAGAGGAUGGGAUGGAUGAUGUUAUUUAUCCAGUAGAUUUCCAGUCUGCAGGUCCCCUCAUUGACGAUGAUAUGCAUGAUAUUAUGGUGAAGCCUUUAAGAGAAGGUGUCAGACUAACGGCAUUAUUUGAUUCAUGUCAUUCAGGAACUGUGUUGGACUUGCCAUAUACAUACUCCACAAAAGGUGUCAUAAAGGAACCGAAUAUGUGGAAGGAUGUUGGUGGUGAAGGUUUACAAGCCGCAAUGGCAUAUGCUACCGGUAAUAGAGGUGCGUUAAUGCAGUCGAUAGGAUCUAUGUUUUCCACUGUGAAGAAUUCUUAUGGGAAUAACACUGAUCGUGAAAAGAUUAAGCAAAUUAAAUUCUCUCCUGCAGAUAUAAUUAUGCUUUCUGGAUCCAAGGAUAAUCAAACUUCUGCAGAUGCUGUUGAACAAGGUCAAAAUACAGGAGCCAUGUCAUACACCUUUAUUAAAGUCUUAGGUUCACAACCACAGCAAACAUACCUUUCCUUGUUACAAAAUAUGAGACAAGAAUUAGCUGCAAAAUAUUCACAAAAGCCACAAUUAUCUGCAUCGCAUCCAAUUGAUGUAAACUUACAAUUCAUUCUGUAA